UACCGAACUUUUGAGAUGGAGGAUUCCAUGACCAUCGAAGACCAGAAAUUGAACAAUUGGCUCACUGGAGGCUUGACCCCCCAUGCACCAGGAUUCGAGCUUGCAAAAUACACCCACACGGUCGAAACCCACACCAGUCUGCGCCCCAAAUGGUUCUAUCUGGAUCGUAUUCUCGACAAGAUGGCGCCAGUCUUCACGUCAAAACCGGUCAUCAUUGAAAAGGAACUUGGAACCCUCGAUGUUCUUCCUACUGAGAUACUCUUUAUUAUCCUCCAACAUCUCACAGUCGCGGAACUCGCACAGUUCAGACGUUGUAACCGAUACUCCAACUAUCUUAUUCCGGGUGUCCCGUCCCUUCGAGCCGCCAUGCACAUUGCGCCAAACGUGUUCAAGGGGCUCGUGGCAUUGGAAAUCGCUUUACACAUGACUCCACAAGAGAUGUGCAUGAAGUUUCGCCAACGACACUGUGAGAGAUGCAGAGCAGGAUAUCGAGGUGAGGGACUGGCACAAUGCAUCUAUCUGCCCACCUUUCAAAGGAUUUGCUUUCCAUGUUUGGAUCCCAAUCUUGGAACCCGAAAAAUUCCAUUGCCGGCGAGCAAGUUAGCCAUAGAGCCAUGGUUUCUUUCACCGAAAGAGGUUGCUGCCCUGCCCGUUCAUCGUUCCUUACCCGGCACAUUCACAGACGGAACACAAAAGCACGGGGUGACGGGCCGCCACAAAAUGUAUGAAGUUCCUGCUCACCACACGCUUAGACCUCUGGGCAGCCGCAUAGCAGCUUACAGAAAACGCUUAAAUGGAGACAGAGAUGUUGUAUCGCGACUCAACAAGAGGUACAGACGAGAGACGUGGAAGAUGGAAAUAUUCAAAUGCGAGGAAGUGGAGUGCAAUGUCAAUCAGACACCCCCGCCUUCUUCCAUCAAGUGGAUGUCACCCAAUGAUCCUCUCCCUGACUCUGUGCGCUUGCAUAUGGCCUCUGUAAUUGUACCUUGGCUAGAUGCAAGAGGCAAAGACGUAGAUUAUGGAGUCUUUUGCUCGGGCUGUCUGGCCUCUGAAUACAAGCCAAGACGUCUUCACACAAAACUGUCUAUUAUUGGGCACCUUCGUCGUUGUUGUGUCAAGCCUGCUUCAGAGACGGAUAGUCGAGACCCUCCACUUUGGCUUUGCGAUUGA